UAACCCAAAGAGCAUCUUCUCCAAGCCUUACAUUGAGUUGCUGGCCCGGCGAUCACGGGUCGACCCACUUAGCGGCUGUCCUCUGGGAGAUUGCUGGAAGGUCCCUGAGUUGGAGCUUGAUAAAAAGAUUUCAGCAGCUAUGGUCCGUUGUUUUUUUCAUUACCGAGGAUGUGACAGCGUGAUGCAACUAUCUGAGCUCGGGCCGCACACCCUGGACUGUCCACUCCAACCCACAGGGGACCUGGAUGCAAAGGAUGUGACAGAAACCAACUGGUAUAAGCAGCACUUUCUAACAUCUGGAGGUUUGGAGAUAGAAACCAAGCAUGUUUAUAAGGUGCGUAGCUGGGAGAAAAGACUCCGACUGGCAGGAGAGGAUCACUGUGUGGAUAAACUUUGUUCUCUGGCUGAGGAGCAUCUCAGCUGCUACAACCAACAUCUACCUAAACCAGGGGACCAGUUAAAGCAGGAGAAUAUGGAGUGUCUUCUGCACAGCCUGGAGCAGGCGGCUGCUUGUUACGCAUCGGCUAUCCCACUAAGUCCCAGAAAUGCCAAGCUCCACUUCCUGCUCGGCCUCGUUUUGGAGGAGCAGCAUAACUCUUUGGAGAUUUACAGCCUUCACAGAAAGGGUUAUAAGGAUAGUGAGGGGUUAAGUGAUGCUAAAUCAUCCGCCUAUCAGGAUGAGAUUCUGGCAGUGUGUAAGCUGCAUGGUUUCUUUGGCACGCCCACUGUGGAGAACCAGCUGCGGGCCUUGGAUAAGGAGUACCACCUGCUGAGACAGCAAGGACAGUCCAACAAAUCAGACUACAUACAGACCCUCUACAUCUGGCUGUCCAAGAAUGCUGGGAAGAAUCGCAAUGCAGGGAUUCAAGAUGAGGAGAGUUACAUAUAUCGAGCCUUAAUGAAGCACCUGGAUGCCUGGUCUCUGAGUCCCGACAGCUGGGAGUUCAGCCUCCAUGUAGGAAGACUUCUGCUGCUUCAGGGGAGAAGCAGGGAAGCUCUACAGCACCUUCAGACCGGGCUGGCGCUGCACCCCCUGCACCCUGCACUUAGAUUCUUCACAGGACUGGCUCUGUUGCAGCAGGAGGAGAAAGCUUGUGAGGUUACAGAGAAGGAGGCUGCUCUAUUCUUACAUCAGGGACUGGAGCACUUUGUCAGCCAACACUGUAGCAAGAGUCAGAAGAAGCAGCGCAUGUCAGACCCCCUCUGCAGCCUGAACGCCCAGUUUCUGCGUGGGCUGCUGGCCCUUGGGCAGCUGCAGCAGAAGAGCAUGCUGUCUGAGAAGUCCAUGACUCCUGAGCAGGUUUAUCACACUGUAGCAGUGCUGGCUGCCCAGAGUGUGAGUCAGUGCAUGUGUCACAGCGAGGUGAGCAAGCAGCUGGAGUGGGUGCUGCUGGAUGCUCACUUUGCCCUGCUGCAGAGACUGAUCCAGCUGCGUGAACGCCGAGCUCAGGCAGCCAUCGACCAGCCCUCCUUGGUGGCCAAGAGGUGUCAGGCCCUAACAGCUCUGAUCCGUCUGACCAGCAUAUCUCCCUGCCAAGAGCUGCUGGAUAUGCAGGAGAGGACUUGUCAGCUUGCAGUUGUCACCUUUCCAUGUGACAGCCAUACUCUAUGCCAGCUGGGUGUGGCCCAGCUGGCUCAAUAUGACAGCAACCUAAACUCAGAAAGGUCAAAUGAAGUCCUCAGCGAUGCCCGCCUCAGCUUCCAGGCUAGCAUUGAGCUGGAAGACAAAGCUCAAACUGGAGAUCCACCUGAGCAGCUGAGCAAACAAAAGUGGUGGCAGGAGCAUCUGGAGGCGGAAAACAAGAAGGCAGCCACUUACCCCAGCACCCAGCCAAGCCAAGAGAAAGCCCAGAGUAGCAAUGACAUGAAAAAAAGAGCCACCAAGCAGGGUAGAGGAGGUCCUACUCAAGGACGAGCCUCUAUGUCCAAGCCCCACCCAGGUCCCUCCAUCAGAGCAGGGAAGGCGGCUCAGCCUUCAACCAAAACUCUAACAACCAAGGGGAGACCUGGUGCAGCCGCAAAACCAGCUAAAUCAGCUAAACCUCACAGCACCAAAUCCAAGCUCCCUGCAAACAGGUCUGAACAGGAUUGUAGUUCCAACACUUGUGUGACUGCAAAAGACUCGUCAGUAGGAAGCAGAGGCGGCGCCUCAGCAACCCCAUUAAACCCAAAGUCCCAUGUGUCACGGCUGGGUCUGGCUAGGGCUCUCUCACGCUCUGCAGACACCAAGGAUCAGGCAAAGCAGCUCUACCAAGAGGUCAUCACCAUGGCACCAGGGAUCCAUGAUGCAUACAUUGAGCUGGUGGAGCUGCUGGAACCCUCAGACGCUCAGGCUGCGGUCGACGUGUAUCGCAGGUUCCCCCUGAAACCUGUGGCUGAGCAGAGUUUGGAUGACGCCUUCAUCAGUGGGGAGAUCGUCCGUUUGCUGAUGUCACAGCAACAGUAUGACCACCCACAGCUCAACCCGAGUCUGGUGUCAUAUGGCAGAGUCAUGGGGCUAAGUUGCAUUGAGAAAUACAUCAACAUUUUGGAGGAGAAAUCCAAAACCGCACUGAUCAAGAGCGUCUACGCAAAAAUCAACGACAAACAGGAAGACGAUCCAGAUCUGCAGAACUUCUUCAAAUUCAAAGGCUGGGUCUGACAAAUGUUUAUUCUCCAUUUACCUGUUAUGGCACUUUCUUCUGUGCUUGAUUCAUAAAGAACUUUGCCUUUAUUGAACUGUGAUGUCAUAUAU